AUGAGAGAAGCACACCCUACUAUUAAUGAUUGGAAGUUGUUAAUGUCAAGAACAAAUAGUAAUCUCACUACAUCAAUGAACGAGGAGUUUGACAAUAAUGUUCAUUUAUUCUCCGGAAAUGAUAAUGUUCACAAUCAUAAUAGAAAAAAAUUAUAUUUACUAAAAGAACUUGUGGCAUGCAGUGUUGCAACAAAAUCUGGAAAUCUUAGUGCAAUGGAAGGAAGUUUGCAGGAUGAACUUGAUAUGGAAUUGUUGAUCUCAAAGAAUGCAAGAGUAAUGUUAACUAUUAAUCUAUGGAUAGAAGCGGGUCUGGUAAAUGGAGCUUUAGGAUAUGUUGAAAACAUUGUAUACAAACCUAGAAGUAUGCCACCAGAACCACCAACGUAUGUAAUGGUUAAGUUUGAUACUUACUCUAGAAUACCGUUCAAUGCUCAAAACCCACAAACAGUUCCUCUCAGUGCAACACAUAGAGGAUCUACGACCCAGAUACCAUUGAGAUUGGCUUGGGCAAUGACAAUACAUAAAUCACAAGGUCUAACACUUGAAAAGGCAACAAUUGAUAUAGGUCCAACUGAAAGAACAGGAAUGACAUUUGUAGCUAUCUCUCGUGCUUAUUGUAUUCAAAUGUAUUGCAUCUAUAUGGUUAUGUCAUAA